AUGGCAUUCGACUUCACUGCCUUGACAACCACGGCAUUUGGGCGAAACAUACGCAAAUGUCGCGCAGUCCUCCGAAUCAGCGAUGAGUCGUGCCCAGGAACUUUCGCGCUGCCCGAGGUCGAUCCUGAAGCAGCGAAGCAUGUCGUUAGAGUACGGCCACGAUACGAGGAGCGAUUUACGCUCCUGGUCAAGUCCAGUCUUGCGCAGCGCGUCAAGGAUACCACGAAUACCGCGUAA